CAAACAAAAGUUAAUGUUGUAACUUGUAAAAGUAUUUCAUAGUAGAUUCAUACUAUGAUUAGUCCUGGAAAAACCUAAUCCCUUUGACUCUGUUAAUUAAAAACAAACCCAAAUACUUGGAAACUUAUUAAUGCCUAUAUAUACGUGUCUGAAUUCACGCAGUUCACCUCAAAUCCUUUCCUGCUACAAGUUUUUAGUGAUAUAAGUCUCAUCUCUAUCUCUCAUGGAGGAUGGUAAGCAGCCACUUCUCUCCUCCGCUAGAGAAGAUGGGCAAGUGCAAGAGCAAGAACACCAGCUACAGUCUCUUCCAGUAGCAAGGCACACUUCCUCUGCUGCUACUUUUGUCCCCGAUGCCUCUGACAUCGCUCCCAUCACAGGUCCUGUCGAUUUCUACAGAGCGUUCCUUUAUGAAUCAAAAAAGCUCUGGUACCUCGCCGGCCCCGCCAUCUUCACCUCCAUAUGCCAGUACUCUCUCGGCGCCAUCACUCAAGUCUUCGCCGGCCAUGUCGGCUCUCUCGACCUCGCCGCCGUCUCCAUCGAAAACUCCGUCAUCGCUGGCUUCUCCUUCGGCGUCAUGCUUGGAAUGGGAAGCGCACUCGAAACACUAUGUGGGCAAGCGGUUGGAGCAGGACAGAUUGAUAUGCUAGGAAUCUACAUGCAAAGGUCAUGGGUGAUACUGGUAACCACAUCUUUGCUUCUAAGUCUUUUAUACAUCUUCGCGGCGCCACUGUUGAAACUGAUUGGACAGACCGAAGAAAUAUCUGAAGCAGCGGGAGUGUUCGCAAUUUACAUGAUUCCGCAGCUAUUUGCUUACGCUUUGAAUUUCCCGAUCGCCAAGUUUCUGCAAUCGCAGAGCAAAAUCAUGGUGAUGGCUUUGAUUGCGGCUGUGGUAUUGGUUCUGCACACACUGUUUAGCUGGCUUUUUAUGUUGAAGUUAGGAUGGGGUCUGGUGGGUGCGGCUAUAGUGUUGGAUGCGUCCUGGUGGCUCAUCGUGAUAGCGCAGCUGUUGUAUAUUCUCAGUGGGACUUGUGGUCGAGCUUGGUCUGGGUUCUCACUGAAGGCGUUUCAGAAUCUUUGGGGCUUCGUUAAAUUAUCUCUGGCCUCCGCAGUAAUGCUCUGCUUGGAAGUGUGGUAUUUCAUGGCUUUGAUUCUCUUUGCUGGAUAUUUGAAAAAUGCAGAGGUUUCAGUGGAUGCCUUGUCCAUAUGCAUGAACAUAUUGGGCUGGACAAUUAUGGUAGCUCUUGGGAUGAAUGCAGCUAUAAGUGUGAGAGUGUCAAAUGAAUUGGGAGCAGCUCAUCCAAGAACAGCCAAAUUUUCAUUAGUGGUAGCCGUGGUAACCUCAUUUUUCAUUGGUCUUGUCCUCUCAGCUAUUCUAAUUGGGACACGAAACGAGUACCCAUCCUUAUUUUCGUCUGAUACAAGUGUUGGAACGCUCGUUAAGGAGCUUACACCAAUAUUGGCUCUUUGCAUUGUCAUUAACAAUAUUCAACCUGUUCUCUCUGGAGUGGCCAUUGGAGCAGGAUGGCAAGCAGUUGUUGCUUAUGUGAACAUUGCUUGUUACUACCUUUUUGGGAUCCCUUUGGGUCUCAUAUUGGGUUACAAGGUUGAUUGGGGUGUCAGGGGGAUUUGGUACGGCAUGAUGACAGGAACAAUUGUACAAACUUGUGUCCUUUUCUUUAUAGUUUAUAGGACCAACUGGAACAAAGAGGCAUCAAUUGCUGAAGACAGAAUAAAGAAAUGGGGUGGGGCUAAAGAGAAUGAUGUAGACAAAACAAACGACAAUUGAGAGUUCAAGGAAACUAUAGCUAUAGAUUUUUGCGGAAAUUAUUUACAUUCUUCAAGAAAAAAAAAAAAAAAAAAAAAAAAAUAUAUAUAUAUAUAUAUAUAUAUUUUCCUUGCUCAGCUAAUGAGUAUUGACAUAAAUAUUUUAAAGCUAAUUAGCCUAAACCUAAGGCCCUGGGCAGAGCCCGGGGGCGAGAAAACAAAAUGCAGCCCAAGAAAACAGCUUUGACAAGGGAUAAAAAGGGAGAAGAGUUGCACAACAAUUCGGCAUUGAGAGAUUCACCCCACUUUUUUUUAUCAAGUUAACAACACUUAUGUUUAGAAAGACUUUUAUCUUGUGUCUUGUGAUCUUGUUCCACAAUUUUAGCAUGUCACUGUUCAUGGCAUUUUGUAUGUUUAUCCUUUUUUUUU